AUUCAGAAAAUUGAUUUCCAUUAUAAUCUCAUAUAAUAGUCUUCAAAUUCAACAAAGUUAAUAGAAGAUUAAACGCCAUGACGGCGUUAGGUUGGGGUCCUGGACCCUCACUGAUAUUUGGUGUCAUAUUUAUUAUGAUAUGUAGUAUUUUCACGCAGCAAGCAUUCGCUGCUCCCGUAUACGAACAUGAAACUGGCUUAGAAGCGUUACACGAAGAACUCAACAAUGGCUGUUAUUAUAAUUUUCAACAUUAUGAUGAAGGCGAUAGGAUAUUAACGAACGAACCCUGUUUAAAUUGUACAUGCCAUAAUCGUAUGUUAAUGUGUUAUUUACGAGUAUGUCCAUUUACAAAAGCUAUUGGUGAAAAUUGUAAGAUUGAAAAACGUGAAGAUCAAUGUUGUCCAGUAAUCACAUGUCCCGAAGUGCCAGUGCAUUUAUUAACAUCAACGACAGCUUCACCAUCAGCGGCAACAGAUUCAACGGAACUAGGACACUUAGAUAACUAUGGAUGUACAGUAAACGAAUUAUUUUACUCCGAUGGUGCACGUGUUCCCUCUGAUCCCAGCAAACCUUGUGAACUUUGUUAUUGUAUACGAAAUAAGACCACAUGUAUUAUGCAAGAAUGUACAUUACACGUUCAAGGAUGUAAACCAGUAUAUCAAGAUGGCGUAUGUUGUCCAGUUCGAUAUGAUUGUGAUCGAGAAGAAGAAUAUCUUCUAGAAACAACAGUCAGUUCUGGUUUACUUCUUACCACUACGAUGUCACCUGGAGCUUCAACAGAUUGUAAAUAUAACAGUAGUGUAUAUAGCGACGGUGAAUUAAUGAAAACAGAAAAUGCAUGUGAACACUGCUAUUGUAUGAGAGGUGAAAUUGUUUGUGCGGUUCAAGAAUGUGGUCAACCAAUGGAAAAAACUGGAACAAAUUGUGUUGCAAUUCCACGAGAAGGUCAAUGUUGUCCAGAAUACGAGUGUGAUAAUGCAACAUUUACUACUACGUUAAGUCCAAGUGAUGAACUAACUACAGCAUUAACUAAUGAAGAAGUCUCAACGGAAAGCAAAUAUCCUUUGGAGGGUGAGGUUGCACCUACAGUUGAUAAAUUGCACAAAGCAGAUGAUUCUGGUAUUGCAGAAACUGAAUCUUUACCUACAGCUGAACAUACCACAGAGCAUAUAAAUGUAGAUGAGUUAAGUAAAUCACCUGAACCAGAAGAAGUAGCAACUGAAGACAUAAAAUUAAAUCUACCACAAGAAAAAGAUACUACCACCGAUAAAUAUGAACAUGCCCCUGCAACAACAGAACCAAUAGAAAAAUUAAGUCAUGAUGUUACAUCUCCAGAUUCAGAUGGACUCGGUGUUACUACCUCAAGCCAAGCUUUAGAUGAACAAAAACCGACUGACAUCCCUGAUAUGAUUCAUUCUGAAGAUACCACCAAAUAUAAUUUAGCUGUAGCUGAAGGUGAAAAUCAAAUUUUAGAGCAAGGAAAAAUUGACCAAGAAAGUGAAACACCUAAACCUGAAAUUAGUGUAGAUGAUCAAUCAACUUCUAGUCAUGACUUUAGUGGCGAAGAACUUAUCACACGCAUAUACGAUGAUCUACCAAAAGAAAUUGUAACAGAAUCAGUAAAUGUUGAAGAAACACCUGCACCAUCGGUAUCAAAACCAGAAGACGAAUUAUCACCUCCAAAAGAAGAAACAAGUUCGGUGGCCAGUGAAGAUUCUACUCGGCUUGCAGAAGAUGUUAUUACCACUGAGCAUAGUAAACCAGAAAGUGAAAGUUUAGAACCAUCAACAACGGCACCAGCUUUAGAAUCUGAUAGUGAUGCCAUUCAACCAAUAGAUGUCAGCGGUGAUAAAGCUCCUGCAACUGAACAAACUAUUGAUGAAUCAACAAGAGUUCCCGAUAUUCAAGCUGUUGUAAGUGAUGAUAAAGAUACAUCCGAAUCGGAACUCGAUCAAGAUUUAACACCUAGCCCUGAAACUGCUAAACAUACAACACCUUCAUCAGAUUUAAUAACUGAAGAACACACGGAAGAUAAAUAUCACGAAGAACAAACAACAGUCAAAUCAGAAUCUGAAGCAACAGAUAUCACUGAAAAAGUUAGCUUAACGACUGACGAACCCAAGAAUAUUCUUCCAGAAACAAUAACCGAACAAAGCAUUGCAGUGGAUUCUACCUCAAGCAGUGAAAAAGAUAGUGAGCUCGGACACACUGUAGAAAAUGUUGAUACCAACGUUUCUGAUGUUGAAAUUCCUCAUACAACUGAGAAUAUCAAUUUGUCUUCAGACGACCGAAAAGAUAUAGAUGAACAAAUUCCUAUUGAAGUCAGCACAGAAUUAGGGUCUGAACCAGUCGUUUUUGAACAAGAUGUAACAACAGAAAAAGCUAUUGAACAAGAAAAUGAAGUACCAGAAAUACCAGUAGAAAACCAGCCAGAAACAAGUGAAAAAUCAAUCGAUAGCGAAACAACUGAGAAACCUUUAUACAGUGAAUUUGGAUCGACUGAAAAACAUUUACCACCUGGUGAACAAAUUGAAACGACUGUAAAUCCUCUUUCUGGCGAAGAACAAGAAGUUGAAACAUCAGAAAAACCAACCGAAGGUCAUGAUGAAGAAUCUGAAAUUCCACAGAUUUCUGACCAUACAGAAGAAACAUAUAAGGAACCAUCUCAAGCUGACGAACAACCAGAGGUUUCUGAAAAACCCGGUUCUGAAUAUACACCCGAAACAACUCCAUAUGCAGACGACAAUCAAUUAGAAACUUCCGAGAAAUCAGUUGAAACUGAUCAUUCUCAAGAAAUAGAAGAACCAAUUGAUAAUAGUAUUCAAGAGCAAGAACUUAGUGUAACGGAAAAACAACCAGAAAGUGAUAUUCAACCUGAAAUAUCAACACAACCGAUAAUAUCUGACAGAUUCCCUGAUGUUCAAGAAGGUGAAUAUGAUAAGACUGAAAGUAAUGAAAUCACACCAUACUCAACCGAAACCCCAUCCGAAGGUAGUAGCCAACCAGAAACGAGUGACAAACCUGUAGAAAGCGACGGAAUUAAACCAGAUACAUCAGAGAAACCUGUAGAGGCUAUUGAAAAUGAGCUUGCAACAACCGACAAAUAUGAUACAAGUGAUGAACAAAGAAUAGUAACCGAGAAAACUCCUGAUGGCGAAGAACAUGAAUCUGAACAACCAGUUGGUACUAGUGAACAAGAAGAUAUAUCUGAAAAACCAGUUCAUAGUUCAGAAAUAGAUUCAGUAACAUCCGAAGAACCUUCUUCAUUCAUUGAACAGCAAGAAACGGAAAAACCAGAUGAAAGGAUUUAUGUCACUGAAGUUUAUGGAAAACCAAGCGAUGGUGAAGAAUCUGUCUCUAUAACAUCUGAAAAACCAGCCGAUGAACAAGAACAAAUUCCUGAAACAUCUGAAAAACCAGUAGAUGUUGAAGAAUCUGUCUCUAUAACAUCUGAAAAACCAGCCGAUGAACAAGAACAAAUUCCUGAAACAUCUGAAAAACCUGUAGAUGUUGAAGAACCUGUUGCUUUUACAUCUGAAAAACCAGUCGAUGAACAAGAACAAAUUACUGAAACAUCUGAAAAACCAGUAGAUGUUGAAGAACCUGUUGCUGUAACAUCUGAAAAACCAGUAGAUGUCGAAGAACCUGUUGCUGUAACAUCUGAAAAACCAGCUGAGGAUGAAGAAAUAGUUGCUGUAACAUCUGAAAAACCAGCCGAUGAUGAAGAACUAGUUGAUGUAACAUCUGAAAAACCAGCUGAUGAUGCAGAACUAGUUGCUGUAACAUCUGAGAAAUCAGUAGAUGGUGAGGACUCAAUCGCUGUAACAACUGAAAAGUCAGUCGAUGUGCAAGAACAAAUUUCUGAAGUAACUGAAAAACCAACUGAUGGUGAAAUACCAUCUCUUGAAACUUCUGAGACGCCUAUUGAAAAUACAGAACAAGUUCCAGAGGCCACUGAAAAACCUGUGGAAAGUGAAGACAAAAUCCUCGAAAGCACUGAAAAACCUACUGAUAGUGAAGACAAACUUUCUGAAGUCACUGAAAAAUCGGUUGACACUGAAGGGCAAGUUUUUGAAACUUCGGAAAUACCUGCUGACACCACAGAAACUGUUCCUGAAUUAACUGAAAAAACUAUCCUGACUGGAGAAGAAUCACCUGAAAUGGCAGAAAAGCCUGCAGACAAUGAAGAUGAAGCCCCUGAAUCAUCUGAAAAACCGAUUGUGGAAGACACGGUAGGCACAUCGGAAAAAACAACCGCGAGCGAAGAUGAAGCUCCUGGAAUAUCUGAAAAACCCAUUGAAAGUGAAACGUUAGAGACAGGCGUGACAGACGCACAAAAAGAAAUUGAACAAACUCCAAGCAAUGAAAUUGAUCAAACUCGUGGAGAAGAUAGCCAAGGUACAGAAAAUCCACCACCAGAAUCAGUUGAUGUACAAGGUCCAAUAACUGAAGUUCCUGAAUCUCUAGAGGAUGUUACAACUCAUCACAUAAAACCCGAAACUGAAUUACAACAAUCAACUGAAUCCCCAACAGAACCUAAUAUCGAUAUUAGUGCUGCAGGAAUACCCGAAGAACAACCAUCAAUCAGUCAGGAAAAAGAAACAACACAAUCAACUGAACUAUUGAAACAACCUGAAGGUGUUAGUGAGAUUAGUUCAACAGAAGAAGAUGUAACAAAAACUAUUCCUGUAGGUGAAGACAAAUUAACUUCACAACCAGAAGAAGAAUCACAAAAAACUGAAGCACCAAUUGUAGUUGACGAGCCAAAACCAGAAGUAUCAACUGAAAAUGUAUUGCUACAAAGUGAACAUCAUGUAAUUCCAGGUGAAGGAGACUGUCUUGUCGAUGAUGUUACCUAUGCAAAUAAUUCUAUUGUACAGCCAACAAAUCCUUGCCAAUUGAGUUGCAAGUGUAUCAGUAGCAUUGUUCAAUGUGAAAUGAUCGAAUGUAGUCCUCCACCAUCAGAUAUGGUUAAAUGUAUGCCAAUAUUCCAUGGAGAUGACAAUUGUUGUCCAACAUAUAAUUGUGAAGGAACAGAAGGUAAAACUCCACCAUCAGAUAGUCAUAUAUUAGAGAAACUUCCUGAAGUUGAAAAUAUUCCUGGUGACGUAGCACAGACUGAAGCCACUCCAGAACCAGAAACAACCAAAGAAUCUGAAUCUAUACCAGAUGUAAUAGUGCCUGUGGUACCUCUUGAAGAAGAUAUUUCAACCGAGAUACCUGAUAAAGAUAACAAUAUUCCUACACAGAGUCCAGUUGACACAGUAGAAAGUGAAACCGAUGAAAUUUCACCUUCAAAAGACACUCCUGCUGAUGAAAGCACCUCUGGAUUAAUUGGCACACCCAUCGAUAAAAUUACAGAAUCAUCUGUUACAGAAACUGAAGUUGAACUUGCAACAGAACGGCUAGGGCCAAUAGACACUAUUGAACAUGAAGAUACUGAAGGUGAAGUUUCUAAUACUACACCUAAAUUGGAUUCAAUAACCGAAAAAUCUGAUUUACCUCUUGAAACUGAAGUAUCGUCUGAGCAACCAGAGCUUAUAACUAUUAAACAUGAACAACCCGUUGAAGUUCCUGUUGAAUUAACAACCAGUGAUUAUCCUAAUGAAAUAUUACCAACCACUUCUUCACAUGAAAAUAUACCUGUACAAGUUGAAGUAGAAUCAAGUACUGCUAUCCCAGAAUCUGUACCAACAGAUACCAGCGGAAUCGAUUCAAAUGAAAUACCUUCCGGAGAAAUAUCUACUGAACCAGAAAUAUCUGUACCUGAAAUAACCACCGAACAUGCAAGCAUUGAUGUUACAACACAAACCAGUAAAACGCCAUCUGAAUCAUUCCCUCAAGAUGAAAAUGAAGUAUUAUACACUUCUAAACCAGAAGCAAUUCCUAGCAAGAAACCUGAAGAUUCGUAUACAACAGUUCCAAGUCAAGAAAAUAUUGAUGUAGAAAAAACUACCGAGUUCAUUUCAGAAAUUUCGACUGAAGGUGUUAAAGUUCAAGAAACUGAAACUGAACACUUCAUAAUUGAGUUAGGAGAUAUUUCAACGAAACCAAGUAAAGAAGUUGAUAUUGAGGAAUCUAAUGAAGUGCCUGAAGUACCACUAGAAUCAACAAAAAUACCAGACAUUGAACAAGACAAAGAUGUAACCUCAGCACCUAUUGCCGAAGAAGAAAUCACGGUAACAUCACAAGAUGUACAAGAAAGUGUAACAACAGGAGCUCAACCAAUUAGUCAUGAUGAAAAUGAAAUUCCAACAUUUGAUAAUAUCCCUGUACAACCGGUGACAGAAAAACUUUUAGAUGAAGACGAAUCCAAAUCCACUUCACUUCCAAUUUCUUCAAGUGAUUCAAAUGAAGAGAUACCAGAUUAUACCGCUUCUAUUCCUUCAGAUGAUACAAGAGCCGAAACUGUAGCUCCUGUUUUACCUGUAGAAACUAGUACCGAAUACCUAGAACAGAAAGUAACAGAUCGGGUUGCACCAGAUUCUGUUACAGACCUUCCUGUUAAAGUAGAAGAAACAGAAGUGACUGAAAGUAAUAUUGUAGAAACAGAAAAGCCAGAGGCUAGUGUAUCACCAACUGAAGAACCUUCGGUUACUGUACAAACGCUUUUUGAAGUCACAGAAAUUUCAACAGACAUAAUCAAAGAAGCAACGGAAUCAGGCAGUGAAAGCGAAACUCCUAAGACAGAUAUUGGGGCAUCUGUACCAGAAACACAAACAGAUAAGCCUCUAGAAAGCGAAGCAAAUGCAAUACCAGAUGCAGAUAUAGUAUCUGAACAUUCUACCAUUACGCCUGUAGAAGAAAAUCAAGAGACAGAAAAACCACAUGAUGCUGCUACAGAAGUUGAGAGUACAACGUUAGCUGAAGACAGAAUUCCACAUGUACCAGAUAAUGAAAAUGAGUUAAUUCCAGAAGAACAUAUUUCCGAAACUUCAACAAGCAUUCCAUUAGAGGAACGUACUACACUUACAAAUGAAGUAAUUUCACAAACAGAUAUUGCAUCUCAGAAACCAGAAUUUGAACAAGAACCCUCUGUAGCUGAUAUUUCAACAGAAGCUAACGAAAUUAUAACAGAUGAACCUAAAGACAUACAAAAACCAGAAGAUGGUGAGUCACUGUCGGUUAAUGAACCUACCGAAGAUAUCAAGAUAUUUGAAACUACUGUCACUCCCGAUAAUUCACAAGAAAAUAUUGAACAGUCUAGCGAAACUUCACCAAAUGAAAUUGAUAACCGAAUAAACUUAGUUGACGAAUCAGAAGAAAUUGAAAAGGAACAAACUGAACAACCUGUAACGGUCGCUGUGAGUGUUGAAACUUCUAGUGAACAAGUAAUAGGAGAAGAACACACAGAAACUUCUAUAGAACCUGAAGUUCUUGGUGCUGAUCAAGAAAGUAAUGUUCAACUUGAAGAAAAAGUAACAGAAGAGAUACCAAAAGCCACAACUCAAUAUUUAGAACCAACAACAAUUAAAACAUCUAUUGAAGAAUCCUCAGAAGAAAAACAACAAACGUCCAGUGAAGAACAACCCAUAUCUGAAACAACUGAAAAUAAAUUGGUCGAAAUUUCAACUGAAAGUCAACCAAUUUCUCCAGAACAAACAACUAUUCUUGCUUCAGACAAUCUUCAAACAGAAGCCACUCCUAAAGACACGAUACCUGAUAGUAACCAAGAAACUGGAGGAGAAAUAAGUUCAGAACUCGAUACUACUACUCAAUCAGAAGUACAGAAACUUGACACUUCGAGUGAAGGAAGUCCAAUCAAUGAAGUGUCUGGUGAUAAACUUGAAGAACCUGAACCUGUAUUGUCAGUAACCGAAGUUUCAGAAGUUGAAGAAUCUUCAAAAGAAACAGGCGAAUCAGUUACCGGUGAUAUUACUACCAAAUAUCCUACUGAAGAUCAAUCAGCUGCAAGUUUACCAGUUGAACAAGAAGGGGUUAAACCAAGUGUUCCAGUACAUAUACCUUCUGAACAAACAACUGUAGAUGCCUUACCUGAACUUUCAACUCUUACAUCUGAAGAAAACAUUGAGCCUGAAGUAACAGAGGCUCCAAUAACAACUACGAUCAAGCAAGAAUCAAGUAGUACCAAAGAUGAUGCUAUGGAAAUUACAACUGUUUCAAAACUUCCAGAGUUAUCAACUAGUACACCACAAGUAUCAACAGAAAAGUCAGAUGAAAUUGUAACCGUUCAUGAAGAUAUUUCCGACGGAGAAUUGAAACCAGCGCAAGAUGAUAAACAAACAUCAGAUGUACCAUCAAUAUCAUCUCAAGAACCUGAUUACGUACAAGUGCCAAUUGAACAAUCUCCAGAGCCAUCAGAAGAGCCUUCACAAGAAGUAUCAACUUCGGGCUCAGUUUUCGAGUCAUCUACAACUCAAUCAUCUUAUUCUACACAAGAUUCAUUAAACGUUACGUCACCACCACGUAUUCCAGACGAAGAAUCUCAGAAACCGGUCAAGCCAGAUUAUCAACCACAACACCCUGAUGAUUUUGGCCAAAUGCCACAACAAUAUCCAUACCCACCAGAAACAGAUGAUUACGAUGAAGAUGAUAGUACAGCGUUUGGACCUGGUACAUGUCGAUAUGGUGGAAAAGUAUACGUUUCCGCACAACAAAUUCCACGGGACGAUCCUUGCGAUUUUUGUUUCUGUUUCCGUAGUGAUAUUAUAUGUUUACAACAAAGUUGUCCACCACCAAUUCCAGGAUGCCACGAAGAACCAAUUAAUGGUUUCUGUUGUCCCAGAUAUGAGUGUCCUGUUUCUAUGGCAACCGUUUUAAAUGUAACGACAACUACUACAACCACAACAACAACGUUACCACCACACUUUUUACAUCACGCGUAUAAAGGUGCAGCUUCAAGAAGAGGUUGUCAAAUACAAGGCAAAGCUUAUCAAGUUGGUGAAGUAGUCAAAUCAAAAUCUGGACCAUGUUUACAUUGCACAUGUGGAGGUGAUGGUCAAAUGAAAUGUGAUCCAAAAGUAUGUAGUCCACAACCAAUGAUACAACAGAUGAUUGCAGCCGUAGCCACUAGUCGUACUGGAGCAAGAAGAUGAAGUAUCAGUAAUGAAAAACGAACCCAAUAAAGUGGUGCUGAUUUAAUAAUUUUUUAGAGUCACGUGAUUACACAGUGAUA